AUGGCCUUGUAUGGUGGCCUCAUUUUCGGACCAGCGGCCACCCAGUGGUAUUCCUUCUUGCAGAAAUACAUCCACGUGCGGUCACAAAACGCAACAAUCGCCGCGCGAGUUUUGGCGGAUCAAGUAGUCUUUGCUCCGUGCAAUAUGGCCCUUUUCCUGUCCAGCAUGUCAAUCAUGGAAGGCAGUGAUCCGAAAGAAAAGCUUGAAAAGACUUAUCUGCCUGGGCUGAAGGCGAACUGGGUAUUAUGGCCGGCGGUCCAGGCGGUGAACUUCAAGCUAGUACCGUUGGAGCAUCGAGUUCUGGUGGUAAACAUUGUUAGUCUUGGUUGGAAUUGCUUCCUGAGUUGGCUGAAUAGUUCCAAGUGA